UAUCACUUGUCAUUUGUCAGUGACAAAUGAAAGAGAUCGAUGGUAAAUUGAAAUUUGAAGGUAAAUUCUGCCAUCGCAUUUAAAGGUCGCAUUGAACAGGCUCCAAUAUUUUAAUUUAUAGGGUGCAUACUUUAAUGUAAAUACAAUGGCUACGUCAAGUGAUACCUCAGACCAAAAUGUGAAAUCUAGACGUCCUGCUGAAUCCGCAUUCAAGCAGCAACGUCUCCCUGCAUGGCAACCGAUUCUUACGGCUGGAACAGUGCUUCCUACAUUUUUCGUUAUCGGUAUAGCUUUUAUACCAGUGGGUAUUGGAUUACUAUACUUCUCAGAUGAGGUAAAAGAGCAUGUUAUAGAUUAUACGCAUUGUAUGAAGGAGGAUGAAAAUAUUACCUGUGCACAGUUUAUUAAGGAAAAUGGAAUGGACCCUUGUGUGUGUCAAAUUAAUUUCAACUUGACUGAAGAUUUCAAAGGGGAUGUUUAUUUCUAUUAUGGUUUGAGCAAUUACUAUCAAAAUCAUAGAAGAUAUGUCAAGUCGCGUGAUGACAGCCAGCUAUUGGGCCGACUUUCCUUGACUCCAUCAUCUGAUUGUGAACCAUUUGCAUUUGCUGAAGAGGAUGGCAAGCUGAAGCCCAUCGCACCUUGUGGUGCUAUUGCUAAUUCUUUAUUCAAUGAUUCUCUAAAAGUGUGGUCGCAGGGUUUAAACGUUGAUGUGCCAGUAUUGAAAACUGGUAUAGCAUGGACUUCAGACAAGGAUAUUAAGUUUAGAAACCCUCCUGGUGAUCUAAAAACUGCAUUUGCUAACUUCACGAAACCAGUGAAUUGGAGGAAACCUGUCUGGAUGCUGGAUCCCAACAACACUGAAAACAAUGGCUUUCAGAACGAAGAACUAAUUGUUUGGAUGAGAACCGCGGCGCUGCCAACGUUCCGCAAGUUGUACCGGCGGGUGGACCACACGCAGGUCGGCUUCAGCGUUGGACUCGCCAAGGGACCUUAUAUGCUACGCGUUGAAUAUAAUUAUCCUGUGAUCGAUUUCGAAGGCACGAAAUCUUUUAUAAUAUCAACAACAUCACUACUCGGCGGCAAGAACCCUUUCCUCGGUGUGGCCUACGUGGUUGUCGGCACGCUCUGCCUCUUGCUCGGGAUCGUACUUCUUGUUAUCCACGUUAGAUGCUCCAAGAGUACUACGGAGAUGAUCAACGUCAACCCACGCACGCCGUACUCUUAAACGCGCGGCGUAAUUCCUGGACGUACAUCAUCAAAGUGAUGAACAAAGUAUUUAUUAUUUAUAUUAAUUAUUAGAGUUGUUAUUAAAAAUAUCCUUAGAAUUUUUUUCUUGUUAAAAAUUUUUAUACAGCGUGUUGGGUUUUAUCUAUUUUACAUCGUGGGAAAUAUAUAUUAAAAAAAAACUACAACAUUGAAUUUUUUAUCUGUACGCUUUUUUAAACAAUUACAUUUAAUAGAACAUGAACACGUUGUAUUUAACUUGAUACUUUAAAUCAAAGCUAUUCAUUGAUUUAAUUAAAAUAUGUACUUUGAAAAAAUUCGAAUGAUCUCUGUUGAUUUUUGAACCUUUGAACUUCAAUUUGUUCUAACCUAUGAUAAUAUGCUUUAUAUGUAAGUAAUAUAUUCCACUUAAUAUUUUGAGAUUAAAUUUUUUUUUUGCGUUUAUAAGAUCAUGCGCGAGUGCCAGAAUCGACUUUUUGUAUGACUUUAAAAUUAUUUCGAGAAAGAUCCGUAGUAUUUCCUCAUUGCCACAACGCAAUUGCCACAAUUCGUGAUCCCUAUCACGAAUUUCGCGAUGUGCAUCUUUUACUGUGACCAUAGCUCGAUUUUGAGCUAUUUAGUCGCUUUAUAAUUUUUCCGUUCAGUAGUUUCAGUGUGAUUGACGGACAAACAUCCAAACAAACAAACUUUCACAUUUAUAAUAUUAGUGUGAUAUUAUAGUAUAAACAAGAUUAUCAUCAUUCGCAACGUAUUUUAUUCGAAGAAAAAUGGAGAUUGUAAAAAAUACCAGACUUUUCUGAACAAUUUGGAGAAAACAAAAGCAUUAUUUCAAUGCAUGGGCUACAGUGCUGAUUUUUACGAAAUAAUGAAAAUAUGUAUGGCACAAGUUUCGUGGUAUAUAGAGUUUUAGUUACAUUCAAAGGCGCUCUUCAAUAUAUGUAGAUGACGCAAGUUGUUGUCAAGAUAAACAACAAAGUAGCUUGUUGUUUACAGUAGUAAACAACACCCUUAUAUAUAGAAAGAAUAAAAGUUAUAUUAAAAUGUGUUUUUUUAAAGUAAA